AAGACCCUGUGUGAUUGCAAUGAGUACCCUUGAACGGCGGAGAUCCGAUAAACUACUGCGCACCCGGUGUAAUCGAACUGGGCAGCGUACACUCCUCCGCCGGCCGCCGCGAACCCAGGACCAUAACUGUUCGGCUUCGUCUCCGUGACCAGGCAGCCAGCCGCCUCGGCACAGUCUGUCAGGCUUGACGUCCCGAUUUGCGUCGUGGGUGUUGUGUGGAGGCACCCCUCAGUCACACAACCAUCCAAUCAACCUGGGGUUUACUCAAGUACAGCAGAAACCCGCACGCACUCGAUUUCGCCUCCCGCCGGCCACGCGGGGCCAAACGUCCAAAUGCUCGGCCAGACCGAACAUCCGAAAGGCAUAUGUACGGCGUCGACGAUCCAGAGCGUGCCCAUCGCGUACGUCUUGCGCGUCGUGAUGCGCACCGAGUUGCGUUUCUGGCCCGGCGAGACGGGGGUGAAGUUGUCGACCUUGAUAAUGACGUUCCCCGCCUGGUUCACGAGCGCGAGCUGCUGCGAGAAUGCGUCGGACUCGGUGAGCCAGUUCACGUCGCC